AUGAAUGCGCCGCAGCCAUACCCCCAGAGCGAUAGCCGGGAUGAGCCUGCCGAUGAGAACUCGCCAGCGCCAGUGAACUCUGAUCCAUCUCACAGAGACUCUAGCCCGAGCUCAGAGGGCGAACGACCUCCUUUACCUCCGCGGCCUAAUACUUUAAGCCUCCUCAACGACGAAUCAGCAUCCCGGGCGGGGGCUACAACAGCUGUGUCGCGGACGGAAAUCGAUACACAAACAAACGAGGGGGCGGGGAAUGCAUACUCCUCGCUGGGUAUUCGGGGCAUCUCCCAGGGCUUAAAAGCUAAAGCCAGUCUUGGCCAUCUCACCAGCUCACGAGGAAGUGAAGCAGGAGACACAGCCAGCAUUCGAAGCUCCGCCCAAAUUGGCGAUGUCGGAGACGUCGAUGCUUUGUUCAGAGAUUUUAUCACAUCAACUCAUGGGGAAAAUUCAGAAACUACAGGUUUACUUCAUUACGCCGAGUUUCCCGCUGAUGAUGUGAAUGAUGAUGAGUUCUUAACUGAAUUCGAGCCUGUUGGAGAAAUCGACGAAGAAGCCGGUAACGAAGAUUCUCUUUUGGAGCGCUUCAAGUCGAAGCAAAAGCACUUCUUAAUCCUGUCUGCUGCUGGUAAGCCAAUUUGGACACGCCACGGUGAUGGUGGUUUGAUAUCCACCUAUGUCGGAAUCAUUCAAACAAUCAUCUCAUUCUACGAGGACUCUGAAGACCAACUAAGAAAUUUCUCGGCUGGGGACACGAAGUUUGUCAUUGUCACCCAUGGGCCUUUGCAUCUUGUCGCAAUUAGCCGAAUGAUGGAGAGCGAUAAUCAGCUUAGACUGCAACUUGAAGCGUUGUACAUGCAGAUUUUAUCCACGUUAACGCUACCUUCUCUUACUCACCUAUUCUCUGUUCGACCAUCUACCGAUUUAAAGCGACCACUCCAAGGGUCCGAAACUCUUCUGUCCUCUCUAGCUGAUAGUUUUACCCGUGGAUCACCGUCCACUUUGCUGUCAGCUCUUGAGUGUCUGAAGAUCCGCAAACAGCACAGACAAGCCAUUAACAAUGCUCUACUGAAGACAAAGACUAAAAACCUACUCUAUGGGCUAAUUGUCGCCGGUGGACGACUGGUCAGUGUUGUGCGGCCAAAGAAGCACUCGCUUCAUCCGGGAGAUCUUCAGCUCCUGUUUAACAUGGUCUUUGAGGCUGAUGGAGUCAAAGCUGGCGGUGGGGAAAGUUGGAUUCCUGUUUGUCUGCCUGGCUUCAACAGUAACGGCUACUUACAUAUGUACGUCAGCUUUCUCGAUCUUCGAAGUGGUGUUGAAGAACACGAAUAUAUUUUGAAAGAAGAAUCUGUCGCCAUUGUCCUCAUUAGCCCAGACAAAGAAAGCUUCUUCGAGAUGCAAGCAAUGCGGGAUGCCUUUGUCGAACAAAUGGAGAAGAAUGGCAGCCUCAAGAUAAUUAAAGCUGCAAUCGACCAAGGCCGGCCAGCCACGACAGACAUCGUGCCCGGGUCUGUGCUGCAUCAUUUCUUAUACAAAUCAAGAGCGAAUGUGCAGUUUACCAUGUCCUCUUUCAACCCAACCUUCUCUUCAGUAUCUCGACGCCGAAGGCUUAUGUCUAUCUAUAAUAAUCUUCAUGCAAGCAUUCAUGCUAAAAAUACCCAUGUGAAAGUGCACCAUUGCGUGUCACGGUCAGCUAGCUCAUUCGCCUGGGUAACCCCGGUAUUUGAGCUUUAUUGUAUUGCUGAGCCAAAUGCGAACCGCAAUGCGUUGGUACAAAGUGCUACCAAGAUUGCGCAGUGGGUUCAUCAGGAGGAAGAGAGGAUUUUCAUCAUCGGCGGCGCGGUUUUCUAA